UUUCCCACCGCCCUAAUAAAACCAUGCAAAGUGAAAACCCUAUUUCAAAGAACAACCCCAAAAAACAAACCUGCAACACUAGAAAACUCUGUUAGAAACCAGAGAGAGAUCAGAAAACAAAGCAAUAAAAGGAAAAUGGCAGGAAAUGAAGAAUGGAGGAAAAUGGCGGAUACAACCAAGAUGAGUCCUGAGGAAGUGAAAAAUGCUGGAGUUGAGGCCUCUAAGAGACCACCAGGCCACAAUCCAGGUACUGUACUACAUCAAAGAGGGCGGUUGCCUUAUAGCAUUACAACAAUGGCACUUGUUGGUUUUGCUAUCACCGGUGCUAUUUGGUACGGCACUAUGUAUGCAAUGAAGAAACCUGAAGCAACUGCCGUUGACGUAGCCAAAGUUGCCACUGGAGUUGGUGGCCCUGAAGAUACUCGUCCUCGCAAGUAGCUGAUAAAAAUAACAUUUCGUUUAAUUAUCUCAACUCUAAUUUUACUCCUACAAUGUGUGUCACUUUUUGUUUUGAAUUUUAGUACUUUCUUUUUUUCAUGUUAAAUUUGGGGCUUGUAUUUUCAGGCAUGCUUCCGAUGAUUACCAGAAUAAUUGGAUUUAACAUGAAUAAUCCAAAGUGAUUCACAUAGACGUAUCCAAGAUUUGUGAAUGUUAUUUGGUCCUGUAUUCUAGGAAGCAAACUUCAAGUCAAGCACUAGUAACUGCAACUUGAAUUUAAAUUUCGUAAAUAUGUUGUGGACUUUUAAAACUUUUAUAUUGGAUUUUGGUCAAAAGCCAUUGAAUUUGGUGUCGAA